UUUUCUUAAUUAUUCAAAUUACAGUGUGCUACUUUAUUUCAAGAGAAAUCUAUUUUAAGAGAAUUACUUAAAAAAAUUUAUAUAUAUUCAUGGGGUACAAGCACAGUUUUGCUAUGUUGAUAUGUUACAUUGUGGUAAAAGAGAAUUCUUUAUGAAAAUUGAGACAAUUUGAAUCUAGCACUUUUUUCCUAUUUCAAAAUCAUAUAUUCUCAACAGUAAUGCCAAUGAUUAUGGAAUAUCAGACUGUUAAAAUAUUAAUAUUCAAUACUUUAUAUAUAGAUAUAUCAGUUAAUUCUUUUAGUUUCAAAUAUUUAAAAGUAUUAUUUAUUUGAAUAAUGACCACCACUACAAAACAAUGCAUCAACUUUUUUGUAUAUGACUUGGGAUGGAAGUCUAAAUGCUAGCAUUCAUGUUUAUACUUUAACCUGUAUUUUUCCUCUGUAUUAUUAGUAAAUUUUGAGAUUGUAGAACUUUUGACCCAGUCAUACACAUACAGAGGUUGGAUUCUGAGUUAAUUAAAUAUGAGUUAAUAAUAUAUUAUAAGGAAAUUAUUGUCCUUAUUACAGUUAUUAGGUAGUUACUCAAAUUAUAGCUUGAAAGGAAUGCAGAACAUGGAAAACUCAGAUUAAAUUAUGCAUUUGAACCUUAGGCCAGUUUUUACUGUAGAGACAGUUUGCUGCUAGAAGAGAAAUUGUAUGUCAUUGAAAUUAAAUGCUUUUCUGGGGAUGGAAGAUUCCAGUUUUUAAUGAAAUUACUGAGUGUGGUGUAGUGAAAUGAUUAAAAUCUGUAUUCCGGGAAUGUGGCAGGGAAAAAAAAUCAAUAAGUGCUAGCACAGCUUUGCUGCUCAAUGUGAAUCCUGAAAAUGAAAUAAACUACUACAAAAAUAAUAAUUAAAAACAUAUCAGCACAUUAAUUUAUUUAGCAUCUAGUCUCCUGAGACAUCAUCUUCACUAAUUUUUAGCAUACAUUUUACUACGUAAUGAGCAGCCUUCUUUUCAGAUAUCCCUAUUAGACAGGCAGUAUUUCUGCCCUUCCCCCAGUGCUACUGCAUUGCAAUCAUUGUACUUGCACUUAUUAUGUUACAAAUGACCGAGGUAAGGCUGACAUUCUCAGUGCAAGCAAAAAGACCUAGUCUGCCAAGCUUUUUUUUUUCCCUAAUGAAGCAGCUUUGUGAAAUCUCCCCAUGUGUUAAUACUAAUGAAGAUCCUCCAGCACAAUUAAAAUCACAGCCAGUGGCUGAAGAGGAAACAUAAAACAAAAGCAUCUUUUAUGAUACAUUUAUCCAAAUACAUAUGUAUAAAAUAUACAUAUAUGGUCAAAUUAUGACCCUAUAGCUUAAUUUGUACAUUCUUUUCAUCCUGAAAAUUAAAUUAUGUAAUUUUUAAUGGUAAGAACUUAGAUACUUUGUUGGGUCUGAAGGAAAUAACGCUACUUCAAUGAAGUUAAAAAAUUACCUAUCAUGGGUAGUAAAGUGUUAUCAAGGUUAAGGCUUUUUAAGAAAUGGUUUUUAGGAAGCUAUAGGAUGGGGUGCAGGAAGGGAUGGGGUGUACUUUACCUUUAUUUAACUUGAUUUGUUGCAGGAUGUGGUAAUUGGGGUUAGGGGAGUGGAAAGAUAAAAAACAGAAAGUUGGAAGAGAUUUUGGGGGUAGACAAAUAGCAUAACCUCGUAUGUAGUUUAAACGUGGAGCGAUGGGAUACCAGUCUUGUUCAUAACUUAAUUUGUUUUUAAAUGUUCAAUUCCUACAAUUAGCUAUGCUUUUGUAAUAAGUAUACCUCUCAGAAACUGGCGGGGCCGGGGGCGGCGGGACUAUACAGAUUGCCUUUAAAGUUUGUACUUCUAACUUUAAACGACUUGUUAUUUUAACAUCUUUCAUUUAAAUUUUAUUUUAACACAAUGCAUAAACAUUACAGCUAGUUUAAUUUGAACUUAAAAGGGCAAAAGCAUUUUACCCUGGGACCAUCUUGCGUCCUGCUUUUUAUUUUCAGUACCUAAUAUCUAAAAAUUCUCGACAUAUUGAGUUGGUUUGUAGACUUCAACAGAAUUGAGUUUAGGAACAAAAAAAGUUUAGGUGAAUAUGGUUACCCUGUGCUCCUUAUUCUGUUUUCAUUUUCAAAAAAUUAAGUUACCCUGUUUUCGGUUCUCUAUUCUUUUAAAAACAAAACAAAACAUUUUAAGUUUCUUAACUUUUUUCUGGGACAAGGAACGGGAUAAACUCAAAGCUAUAGGAUUCUUGGAAAGAAGCAACCCCCCCCCCUUGCCUUCUUUAGGAGCUGAUAGGUCAUUUAUUAUUGGAACAGAAAUGGUAUAAACAAUUCUCUCUCCUUUUUCCCUUGUUAACAGCAACUUUCAUUGUUAGAGGAGAGAGAGAAGCCUUGUUGGUUGACGUCACUUGGUUCAUGAAGCCUUCGCCUAGAAGUGAAGCUGCUGAACAAACCUUGAGAAGAAUCAUCUCCUGCUUCAAUCUGCUGCUGGAUAGGAACUAAUCAGAGAGAGAGAGGCGGAAGACGGAGAAGGAAGGAGUAAAGGGCUUUCCCGAUCAGAAAUCUCACCUCCACUCCAACUCUCUUUAUACUUUUUUUGCAGAAAUAGUAAUACAAAUAAGGAGGUGGUAGGGUUCCCAAAAAUCUUUACCUUCGACCAUCGGGGGAAGGCAAAUAUUUUAUCCACUGCAACUCUCAGUUCGAAAGUAAAGACAGAAUCUUGCUCUGUCACCUGGGUAGAGGUCAACAGCAUCACAAUAGCUCACUGCAACCUCAAAGUUCUGGCCUCAAGCAGUCCUCUUGCCUCUGCCUGCCAAGUAGCUGAGACUACAGGUUUCUCAACCGUGAUGUCACAAGAUUGACCACAUUGAUCACAAUAUGGAGUCUGGAGAACGGUUACCAUCCUCAACAGCCUCCUCUACUCCACCAACUUCAUCUUCUACACCUUCUGUGGCUUCAGCAGUUUCAAAAUGCAGCCUUUCCACUGGAGUUGCUUCACUUAGCUCUACAAUCAGCCCAUGUGGGCAUUUAUUCAGAGCAGCUGGGGAUCAACCGUUUAACCUGUCCACAGUGUCGAGUGCCUUCCCAAUGGUCAGCCACCCAGUCUUUGGUCUACAUUCAGCCAGCUCAGGGCAUUCAGAAUUUGGUGGUUUGGGGACACUUGGUACACCCACAGCCUUAGCCGCACAUCCCCAACUAGCAUCUUUUCCAGGUGCAGAAUGGUGGCGAACAACAGAUGUUCAUACUCGUACUGGGGCAACCUUCUUUUCACCAUUACUGGGAAUUCCACCACUAUUUGCUCCUCUAGCCCAGAAUCAUGAUUCUUCUUCAUUCCAUUCAAGAACUUCAGGAAAAAGUAAUCGAAAUGGUCCUGAAAAAGGUGUAAAUGGGUCAAUAAAUGGAAACAGUACAUCAUCUGUAAUUGGUGUUAACACAUCUGUACUGUCCACUACUGCUUCAAGUUCCAUGGGACAAAUUAAAAAUACAAGCUCGGGUGGAGGAAAUAGAAAAUGUAACCAAGAGCAAAGCAAAAACCAGCCUGUGGAUGCUAGAGCUGACAAAAUCAAAGAUAAGAAACCAAGGAAAAAAGCUAUGGAAAGUUCUAGCAACAGUGACAGUGAUUCAGGCACAUCGUCAGACACCUCAAGUGAAGGCAUUAGUAGUAGUGAUUCAGAUGAUCUAGAGGAAGAUGAAGAGGAAGAAGAUCAAAGUAUUGAAGAAAGCGAAGAUGAUGAUUCUGAUUCAGAGAGUGAAGCACAACAUAAAAGUAACAACCAGGUGCUAUUACAUGGUAUUUCAGACCCAAAAGCAGAUGGACAGAAAGUAACUGAAAAAGCCCAGGAAAAAAGAAUACACCAGCCAUUACCUCUUGUGUCUGAAUCCCAGACUCUCUCAUCAUUCCAAUCCCAGCAGAAGCAGCCUCAGGUUUUGUCACAGCAGCUUCCGUUUAUUUUCCAAAGCUCUCAGGCAAAGGAGGAAUCUGUGAACAAACACACCAGUGUAAUACAGUCUACGGGAUUGGUGUCCAAUGUGAAACCUUUAUCUUUGGUAAAUCAAGCCAAAAAGGAAACUUAUAUGAAACUCAUAGUUCCUCCUCCUGAUGUACUUAAAGCAGGGAAUAAAAAUACCUCUGAAGAAUCUAGUCUUUUGACCAGUGAAUUACGAUCUAAACGGGAACAAUAUAAACAGGCAUUCCCAUCACAGUUAAAGAAACAGGAGUCAUCUAAGAGCCUGAAGAAGGUUAUUGCAGCUUUGUCAAAUCCAAAAGCAACCUCUACUUCACCAGCACAUCCAAAACAAACAGUAGAAAACAACCACCCUAAUCCAUUCUUGACAAAUGCACUUUUAGGUAAUCACCAACCAAAUGGAGUUAUUCAAAGUGUCAUUCAAGAAGCUCCUCUAGCACUUACGACCAAAACUAAAAUGCAGAGUAAGAUUAAUGAAAACAUUACUACAGCAAGUAGCAUCCCUUUUUCCUCACCUGUAAAUUUGAGUACAAGUGGGAGAAGAACCCCUGGCAAUCAGACACCUGUAAUACCCUCUGCCUCUCCCAUUCUGCAUAGUCAAGGGAAGGAAAAAGUAGUUAGCAAUAAUGUAAAUCCAGUAAAAACACAGCAUCACUCCCAUCCUGCACAAUCUUUAGUGGAGCAGUUUAGAGGAACAGAUUCAGACAUUCCCAGUAGUAAAGAUUCUGAAGAUUCAAAUGAGGAUGAAGAGGAAGAUGAUGAAGAAGAUGAGGAAGACGAUGAAGAUGAUGAAUCUGAUGACAGCCAAUCAGAAUCAGAUAGUAAUUCAGAAUCAGAUACAGAAGGAUCAGAAGAAGAAGAUGAUGAUGAUAAAGACCAAGAUGAAUCAGAUAGUGAUACUGAAGGAGAGAAAACUUCAAUGAAACUGAAUAAAACAACUUCCUCUGUCAAAAGCCCUUCCAUGAGUCUCACAGCUCACUCAACACCUCGUAACCUCCACAUAACAAAAGCCCCAGGCUCUGCUCCUGCUGCCUUAUGUUCUGAAUCACAGUCACCUGUUUUUCUUGGUACAUCUUCUUCCACACUUACUUCAAGUCCACACUCUGGCACUUCCAAAAGAAGAAGAGUAACAGAUGAACGUGAACUGCGUAUUCCAUUGGAAUAUGGCUGGCAGAGAGAGACAAGAAUAAGAAACUUUGGAGGGCGCCUUCAAGGAGAAGUAGCAUAUUAUGCUCCAUGUGGAAAGAAACUUAGGCAGUACCCUGAAGUAAUAAAGUAUCUCAGCAGAAAUGGAAUAAUGGAUAUCUCAAGGGACAAUUUCAGCUUCAGUGCAAAAAUAAGAGUGGGUGACUUCUAUGAAGCCAGAGAUGGACCGCAGGGAAUGCAGUGGUGUCUUUUGAAAGAAGAGGAUGUCAUUCCUCGUAUCAGGGCAAUGGAAGGUCGUAGAGGAAGACCACCAAAUCCAGAUAGACAGCGAGCAAGAGAGGAAUCCAGGAUGAGACGUCGAAAGGGUAGACCUCCAAAUGUUGGCAAUGCUGAAUUCUUAGAUAACACAGAUACCAAAUUGCUAAGAAAACUGCAAGCUCAAGAAAUAGCCAGGCAAGCAGCACAAAUAAAGCUUUUAAGAAAACUUCAAAAGCAGGAACAGGCUCGAGUUGCUAAAGAAGCUAAAAAACAACAAGCAAUAAUGGCUGCUGAGGAGAAGCGAAAACAAAAAGAGCAGAUAAAGAUUAUGAAACAGCAGGAAAAAAUUAAAAGGAUACAGCAAAUCAGAAUGGAAAAGGAACUUCGAGCUCAACAAAUUCUAGAGGCUAAAAAGAAAAAGAAGGAAGAAGCGGCAAAUGCCAAAUUAUUGGAGGCCGAGAAACGAAUAAAGGAAAAAGAAAUGAGAAGACAGCAAGCGGUUCUUCUGAAACAUCAGGAGUUGGAGAGGCAUAGACUAGAUAUGGAACGAGAGCGAAGGCGACAACAUAUGAUGCUCAUGAAAGCUAUAGAAGCUCGUAAAAAAGCAGAAGAAAAAGAACGAUUGAAGCAAGAAAAACGUGAUGAGAAAAGAUUGAAUAAAGAGCGUAAACUAGAGCAACGAAGAUUAGAAUUAGAAAUGGCAAAGGAACUAAAGAAGCCUAAUGAAGACAUGUGUUUAGCAGACCAAAAGCCUUUGCCAGAAUUGCCUCGUAUUCCAGGACUUGUUCUCUCUGGAAGUACCUUUUCAGACUGUCUCAUGGUGGUGCAGUUCUUACGAAACUUUGGUAAAGUUUUGGGCUUUGAUGUGAAUAUUGAUGUUCCAAACCUGAGUGUUCUUCAAGAGGGAUUACUAAAUAUAGGGGACAGCAUGGGUGAAGUACAAGACUUGCUUGUGAGGCUCCUCUCAGCUGCUGUAUGUGAUCCAGGUCUAAUUACAGGAUACAAGGCCAAAACAGCUCUUGGAGAACAUUUACUGAACGUUGGUGUGAAUCGAGACAAUGUUUCCGAGAUUUUGCAGAUUUUUAUGGAAGCCCAUUGUGGAGAAACUGAGCUUACUGAAAGCCUGAAGACCAAAGCUUUUCAGGCUCAUACUCCAGCACAAAAAGCCUCAGUCCUGGCUUUCCUAAUCAAUGAGUUGGCAUGCAGCAAGAGUGUGGUAAGUGAAAUCGAUAAGAACAUUGAUUACAUGUCAAACUUGAGGAGAGAUAAGUGGAUGGUGGAAGGUAAACUCCGCAAGCUCAGAAUCAUUCAUGCUAAGAAAACUGGCAAAAGAGACACUUCAGGUGGCAUUGAUCUUGGAGAAGAGCAACAUCCCUUGGGCACACCCACUCCAGGACGAAAGAGAAGAAGGAAGGGAGGAGACAGUGAUUAUGAUGAUGAUGACGACGAUGAUAGUGAUGACCAAGCUGAUGAAGAUGAUGAGGAUGAAGAAGAUAAAGAAGACAAAAAAGGAAAGAAGACUGAUACCUGUGAAGAUGAGGAUGAAGGUGACCAAGCAGCAAGUGUUGAAGAGCUAGAAAAACAGAUUGAAAAACUGAGUAAACAACAGAGUCAGUACAGAAGGAAGCUCUUUGAUGCUUCUCACUCCUUACGUUCAAUGAUGUUUGGCCAGGAUCGUUAUAGACGCCGGUACUGGAUUCUUCCCCAAUGUGGAGGGAUCUUUGUAGAAGGCAUGGAGAGUGGUGAAGGACUAGAAGAAAUUGCAAAAGAAAGAGAAAAACUUAAAAAGGCAGAAAGUAUCCAGAUCAAAGAAGAACUGUUUGAGACCUCUGGGGACACUUUAAAUUGUUCAAGUACAGAUCACUGUGAGCAAAAGGAAGAUCUUAAAGAAAAGGAUAACACAAAUCUAUUUCUUCAGAAACCUGGCUCUUUUUCUAAAUUAAGUAAGCUUUUGGAAGUAGCUAAGAUGCCUCCUGAAUCAGAUGUUAUGGCCCCCAAACCAAAUGUUAGUGCAAAUGGAUGCACAACGUCUUAUCCAAACAGUGGAAAACAUUCACUGGGCAGCGUUCAAUCAAUAGCAACACAAAGCAGCAUGGAAAAGACAGACUCAAAUAGUCUGUUUAAUACUGGCUCAGGUGGUCCAGGGAAGUUCUAUAAUUCCCUCCCCAAUGACCAGUUGUUAAAAACAUUGACUGAAAAGAAUAGACAGUGGUUUAGCCUUUUGCCGAGAACACCUUGUGAUGACACUUCACUUACCCAUGCUGAUAUGUCAAGUGCUUCUUCAGUGACUCCUCAGUCUCAGCCACCGUCUAAGUCACCUUCACCUGCCCCAGCUCCUCUUCUUGGAUCAUCUUCUGCUCAGAAUCCCGUUGGCCUAAAUCCAUUUGCUUUAUCUCCUCUUCAGAUGAAAAGUGGCGUAUCUAUGAUGGGUCUUCAGUUUUGUGGGUGGCCCACUGGUGUGCUUACUUCCAAUAUUCCAUUUACGUCGCCUUUACCUAGUCUGGGAUCAGGCUUGGGAUUAUCAGAAGGAAAUGGUAAUUCACUCUUGACUUCCAAUGUUGCUUCAAGUAAAAGUGAAUCUCCAGUCCCACAGAAUGAAAAGGUGUCUUCAACUCAACUUGCAGCUGUUGAAGUAGCAAAACCGGUAGAUUUUCCUAGUCCAAAACCCAUUCCAGAAGAAAUGCAGUUUGGUUGGUGGAGAAUUAUUGACCCAGAGGACCUAAAAGCUUUGCUCAAAGUGCUACAUCUCAGAGGAAUAAGAGAAAAGGCAUUACAAAAACAAAUUCAGAAACACUUAGAUUAUAUUACUCAAGCCUGCAUCAAGAAUAAGGAUGUUGCUAUUAUUGAAUCAAAUGAAAAUGAAGAAAACCAAGUAACUCGAGAUAUAGUGGAAAACUGGUUGGUAGAAGAACAAGCGAUGGAAAUGGAUUUGAGUAUCCUUCAACAGGUAGAAGAUCUAGAGAGGAGAGUGGCAUCAGCAAGUUUGCAAGUGAAGGGUUGGAUGUGUCCAGAGCCCGCAUCAGAAAGGGAGGACUUGGUAUAUUUUGAACAUAAGUCAUUUACUAAAUUGUGCAAGGAACAUGAUGGAGAAUUUACUGGUGAAGAAGAAAGCAGUGCACAUGCACUAGAACGGAAGAGUGACAACCCCCUAGAUAUAGCUGUAACCAGGCUGGCUGAUUUGGAGCGGAACAUUGAAAGAAGGUAUCUGAAGAGCCCCUUAAGUACCACCAUUCAGAUCAAACUGGAUAAUGUGGGCACAGUUACUGUCCCUGCUCCUGCACCAUCCGUUAGUGGUGAUGGUGACGGAAUUGAAGAGGAUAUUGCUCCAGGGCUCAGGGUAUGGAGAAGGGCAUUAUCAGAAGCUCGCAGUGCUGCACAGGUAGCUCUGUGCAUUCAGCAGUUACAGAAAUCAAUAGCAUGGGAAAAAUCAAUUAUGAAAGUUUACUGCCAAAUCUGUCGAAAAGGAGACAAUGAAGAUCUGCUUCUCCUUUGUGAUGGCUGUGACAAAGGCUGUCAUACAUAUUGCCAUAGACCCAAGAUUACAACUAUACCAGAUGGAGACUGGUUUUGUCCAGCUUGCAUUGCUAAGGCAAGUGGUCAGACUCUAAAAAUCAAAAAGCUUCAUGUUAAAGGAAAAAAGACUAAUGAGUCAAAGAAAGGCAAGAAAGUAACUCUAACAGGGGAUACUGAAGAUGAAGACUCCGCAUCUACGAGUAGUUCACUAAAAAGAGGAAACAAAGACCUCAAAAAAAGAAAAAUGGAGGAAAGCACUUCUAUUACUUUGUCAAAACAAGAAAGUUUUACUUCUGUUAAGAAACCUAAGAGAGAUGACUCCAAGGACCUAACUCUUUGCAGUAUGAUUCUUACUGAAAUGGAGACUCAUGAGGAUGCAUGGCCUUUCCUACUUCCUGUAAACUUGAAACUUGUUCCUGGUUAUAAGAAGGUUAUAAAGAAGCCUAUGGAUUUUUCCACAAUUAGAGAGAAGCUAAGUAGUGGACAAUAUCCGAACCUUGAAACCUUUGCUCUAGAUGUCAGGCUUGUUUUUGACAACUGUGAAACAUUUAAUGAAGAUGAUUCUGAUAUAGGCAGAGCUGGCCACAGUAUGAGGAAAUAUUUUGAAAAAAAGUGGACAGAUACUUUCAAAGUGAGCUGAAGUUUUAAUAAUCUUUUCUUUUUCCUUUUAAACAAGGACAAAUGAGACCAGCAAUGUGAACUAUAUUUACAUAAACGUGCAAGGCACAUACAUAAUGACUUUUUUUCUUAAAAUAAGUAUCAAAAAAAAAAGUAUCAGAAGAAUGAUACCAUUUUUAAAGGCUUCACUCCUACAACAACCAAGGCCCUUGGUUAUUGGUUUGUGUGAUUUAUCAGCUAAUUUAGGUAGAACAGGGAAGCACACCCAAAGAAUUUUCAAAGGAAAGGGUGUUAGAGUGCAAUAGUAAUUAAAAUAUAUCAAAUCGCACUGAAUAUUCAACACCAGAGCUCUAAUGUGGGAAAUGGUUCUCUUUUCCCUCUCAAUAAAUAUCUAUUUUUCAUUUUUUUACUUUGUAGUUUAUUUUCUAGUGAAUGUAUUUAAUUUUAUGAAUUAUUUAUGAUUAAACCACAUCCAGAAUCUUCGUUUUCUGUGAAAAGGAAGAACUAGAAAAUUGCUUUAAAUCUUGAAAAUACAACAAGGAAUGUUUUAAAAUAUAAAACAAAGCCAAGUUAAACUGUUUACACUGAUGUGCUAUAAAAGCACCAAAAAUAAACUUUACUGUAGAGUUACAUUUAUAUAUAUAUAUGUUGCUGCAUCACUUGUGUAGUUAAAUUGUAUUUCAAAACAGUGAAAAAAAUUGACGUGUAUAUACUGUUCAUUAUUGUUUAUAUUAAGUCUUGUUUUAAAUAUGUAUUAUGUGUAUAUAUUGUUUGCAGACAUUAUUGUUUAUGCCUUAGAAGGAUUGUAGCAUUUUAUUUUAGUCUGAAGGUAUAGCUCUACAGCUUGUACAGUAAUUAUCCUCUACCAACACUGUGGCGUCUCCUUAAUCUUGGUAGUGCCUGCCUUUGAAACAGGGUGUAGGGGAUAUUAGUUUUCCAUUUUUCUAUUUUAUUAUAUAAUUUUAAGCCACCAGGGCCUAAAUUAAAGUAUAAUCAUUUGUAUCCAUGUGGAAUAAAAUUGUGACAAUUUCCUACACACACAGUAUUUUUUCAUAGAAACAUUUCCCUCUCAUUUGCCUUGCCUCAGAAAUAAAUUUAAAAAAGACAUUUGUAACCACUGUGUUUUAUCUACUGUGUGUUGUGGUGGCCUGUUGGAGGCAAAUAGAUCAGAAUUUUUUUUGUACCUAUGUAAGAGUACUUGAAGUUUUAUUUAAAAUAAAAUGUUGUGGAAAAGAUAGCAUUCUUUUUUUAGGAGUGUUAUUUUUCACUACUAUGUGUGGCACGGAUACAAUAAAAAACUUUUACAAACUA